CCCACCUCAGCCUCCCAAAGUGCUGGGAUUACAGAGCCGCCCCUGCGCCUGGCGGGCGCGCGGAGCCGCUGCGAGGGCCGGGUGGAGCUGCAGCACCAGGGCGUGUGGGGCACGGUGUGUGACGACCACUGGAACAUCAGGAACGCCCGCGUGGUGUGCCGCCUCCUGGGCUGCGGCCGCGCUCUGGGUGCCCCGGGCCGCGGCCGCUUCGGCCAGGGCACUGGGCCCAUCCUGCUGGACGACGUGCGCUGCGCCGGCAACGAGGAUGCGCUGGAGCACUGCGCCCACUCGGGCUGGGGCCGGCACAACUGCCAGCACCGCGAGGACGCGAGCGUGGUGUGCGCAGGUCCAGCUGACUCUCUUGUGCCUAAGGACAAUGCCCAGCUAUCCUGCUUGCCUCACCUCUUCCAAGCUGUCAUUGACCGAGGCUAUCUCCGGAGGCUGGGCUACUCCUCCUGGGACAUCCACUUAAAUGAUGAGCUAUGUCGUCCCCAAGUCAUGGGGCGCUACCUGAUCUUCAAUAUUCCCUAUGGCCACUGUGGCACCAUCCAGCAGGAGCACCUUGGCUCCCUCAGCUACUCCAACUCCAUCAGAGGCCGGACAUGGGGCCACCCUGACCGAGUCAUUGUGCGGCACAAGGUCCCCGAGCUGAAGUUCACCUGCAGGGUGGACGGCCCAGCCACAGUUGAAAUCAUUCAUGGGGAUGACACCCUGAUGGAGGGUGCUGGCUACACCGUGUCCAUAUCCUUCCUCCAGUCCUCCAAGUCCCAGCAUGUGGGAGGCGUGGCACCCUACUAUGCCAGCCAGAGGAAAGAGGUCUUCCUCCAAGCCACCCUGAACAGCCCCGAUCCCAGCCUGAUGCUCUUCGUGGAUACUUGUGUGGCUUCUCCAGAUCCCCAUGAUUUUACAACCAUCAAGUAUGAUUUGAUCCGGCAGGGGUGCAUCAAAGACAAUACCUACGUCAACCUCCACCCCCGCCAGAAGAACAUGGCUCAAUUCAAGUUCAACGCCUUCAGCUUUCUUGACAGCUAUGAUGUAGUAUAUUUACAGUGUAAGGUUGCAGUGUGCAGAGUUGGGGACUAUGCCUCUCGCUGCUCCCAGGGCUGUGCAGGGCAAAGUAGGAGAGGUACAGGCCCUGUGGAGUCCAAGGAAGAGCAGACUGAGCAUUUCCAUAUGGUGGGGCCACUGGAGAUCCACAAAGCCACUGCUCAGAAGGAGACUCUUCAGUGAUUCAUGUGAAUCUGUAGAAAGCAAAGUCUAUUCCUGUUCAAUAAUGUUUGAAAAAUCAGAAGUUAUCCAUGUAGAGACAGGUCAAAGAAAUAGCCAGAAGGGAUUGCUUCUCUAAGGUUCGUUACUAAGUAAAUCUUCUCUGAUUACUAAACUUAUAAGGCAAUUACUCUUUGCUGGCUACAAACGUUGCAUUUUCUAAUUCUUUACUCUUAAGAACUUGAUCAUUGUCUUAAAGUGUACAAAAUGUUACAAAGAGCAGGGUUAUCUCUCUAUACCCCAUUUCCAAAUUAAAGAUUAUUUUUUGAAGUUGACUGUUUAAUCAUCAGAUGCUAUUAAGUGGAUCUCUGUUUUUGUCCUCUGAUGGUAUGAGAAAUUAUUUUCAGCUCUUGGCAAGAGUCUUAUGAAAAAUAAACUGUCACGAAA